CCUUGUAACACCUUUCUUUUCUUCCGUCCCCUAAGAAUAUCUCAUCCUUUCGUUUCUUUCUUCUCUCCUCCACCCACCACACCAUACCUAACACACACACACAUACGCGCGCGCACACACAUACAACACACACAUCCACAAACAGAAGGAUGUUGACCUCCGCCUCCACCGACUCGUCUCGUUCCUCCUACUCCGGAAGUCCCGUCUCCCAACAAUCUCGGCAUCACCAGGUCUGGUUUCCGCCCGCCCCUCGUCGCCGGCCAGAGCACUACAAAAUCCCCCGCUACUAUUCCACCCCCGUGAAGGAAGAUUGUCCCGAGUCGACUCCGCUGCAGAUGUACGGCCUGGAACAGCGCGCCCCGUCGAUUUGUGAGAAGCCCAAGCUUUUGCAUCGCUUCUCUCACGCCCUCGAUGACAUUGUGGAAGACAUCUCCCUCCAGAGCACUAGCGAGAAGGUGCUGGCACGACGACGCCAAUCGUUCUUUGGCAUUGACGAGGUGGCGGUGAUGUCCAGCACCUCCAUCACCACCCCGACAAUGGACUACUACACGGUCCCGGCACUUCCGCAGCCUCCGAAAUCUCGACCCAUGUCGAUUCUCUCAACAGAAGCCUGGACCCCGCCAGUCCGCAAACUCAGCCGGCGCCUGAGUAUCAGCUUCUCGCGCAAGAAGAAGUUCAGACCGGGUCAGGUGGGCAGCAUCUCGCAGCCGAAUCUGAUCGGUGCUUCGACGCAGAUUUGAGGCUAUGCCAUGCCGACUGCUGCUUGCAUCAUGCCAUUCCGCCGUCACAUUGCAUCAGAUGACCUCGAAUCCGAAUACAUUCUCGUCCCACGUGAUGCGCGUUGAGCCAACACGCCAAUUCGAAAUCUACCCAACACCCGCACAGACACCCACCAAUACAAUUACGAAACCCGAAAGUGCAUAUUCC